AAGUCCUCUACUAUUUGCGUUGUACCUCGAGCCAUUCUGCAGAAAGAUUCUUUAUAACAACAGUAUUGUAGGUUUUCGUUUACAGUCAACGGAAGUAAAGCUGCUUACAUACGCGGAUGAUAUUGCUUUGUUUUGUAGCGAUAAAGAAAGUGUCGCGACCGCGGUAAAGGACGCUUUAUCUUUUUGUAAAAUGACUGGUAGCGUGAUAAACUUUGAUAAGUGUUUAGGGGUGUGGCAUGGAACAUGGCAAAGCACCCCACCCAUCUUUUUGAAUGUUAAGUGGACCGUUGCGCCGACAAAGUAUCUCGGGGUGCCGCUUGAGCACUAUAAAGAGGCGGGGCAAUUCUGGGAAAAUGAAACAAUGAAGGUGCAAGAAAAAGCAGUUAAAUGGGGUGGUCGUUGUCUUUCGAUGUUUGCCCGCGCGACGGUCUGCAACCUGUUUGCCGUUGCCAAAGUGUGCUAUGUAUUGCAAGCAUUGUGUAUGACUAGAGUUCACGUGCAACGUUUGCAUCGGGUGCUGGCAGUGUACGUAUGGGGAUCCAAUUGGGAGCGAACGAGUCGAACAAACCUAUUUCGAUCUGUCAAAACAGGGGGGCUUGGACUGGCGCAUCUGUUCUUGAAGCAGAUAGUGUGUCGUUUUGCCUUUUUAAGAGACCAAAAAGACCCUUUCCUGGUUGGAGUGAUGCAACUGAGACUAGGUACGGCCCUUCCUGAAUUCAUUGUAUCUAGCAGUGUUAACAGUGGCCCUAUGAGUGGAUAUUUGAAAGAAGUGAUAUGGGCAUUCCGGUUUCUGAAGGUGCGCUUCUCAAUGGAGUACCUCAGCCACGUUCCCAAAAAACGUCUCUAUAAAGAUCUAAUUGACGUGGUAUUGCCAGUGCCGCUGUAUAGAUCGAUGUUCAGUGUGGGUAGUGAAAGAAACGUCCUAAAAAGGGUAAAACGUAUGCCUGUCAGGCCAUCGGCAAAGUCUUUCUUUUUUCAGCUGCAUUCCAAUACACUACCUGUAAAACCGUGGCUUCAGGAAAGAGGUAUUUUUAUCCCCUGGUCUGUGGAUUGUUUACUAUGCCACAAGGAAGAGACAAUUGAACACGUAUUCAUAGACUGCUGGGACGCCGUUUUCCACUGGGACGUCAUGCAGCGAACUAUAAAGAAAGACUUGCCCAUAACACCCUAUGGCAUCCGUUUUCUCCCGACGGAAAAUGAAGGAGGAGUGCCAUACGACAUGUUUAUGCUAUUAGGGUUGCACAGCCUGUGGCGCACCCGAAUGGCUGUUAGACACGCUGACAUAAAUGUUCGAAGUACUCGUGAAUAUUUUAUUGAAAGUGUCUGUUACAUAAAAGAAGUGUUCGAUGCGCAAAACGAAAAGCCAGAAUGGAUUAGUGUGUUAAACGAGCUUGUGAACCUUAGGCGGUUUUAAAAUCUCGUGCACACCAAAGACUGGUGGGCACUUUUACCAAUUGUGAAGUGUCGAAAUUCUGACUGUAUCUUGCAAAAGGCAAUAAAGAAAAAAAAAAAAUCCGCGUGGCCUAAUGGAUAAGGCGUCUGACUUCGGAUCAGAAGACUGCAGGUUCGAGUCCUGUCGCGGACGUUGGUUUGAAAAUUUUUAUUUA